CCAUGUGUUAAGAAGAUAUACAGCCUCCUGGCAGAAUAUAACUCUUCGCUCCACAGGAUUUCGGGAUUCCCAAACUGCUCAAAGUUUGCCAAUAUGGUGAAGACAGCCGUGGAAACAUUACACGAAAACAUGGGGAAAUGCGUGAAGACUCUAGGGGAGAAGACGCAUGAGAAGGAGUCCCACACCACCCCUGGGAUCACUAAGACCACUCAGGGCUGGCAGAAGCUCUACCUGUGCCGCCACACGCUGGAAAGGCUCUUCUCCUUCUCCAUCCUCACCGCGCGCGUCUUUGCCGUGGGGGAUCCAGCUCGCCACGCGGAAGCCUCUGCGCACAAAUGCAUGUAG